CGACGUCUCACUUAUAUAAACCCACUGCCCCGCCCUCCGCCUCACUCAUUCGAGCCACUCGUCGCCAGAUGCCCGUGUCCACUGCCGCGACGCCUUACGCGGCGCCCGCGAUGGCGGCGACGCCGGCGGGCGAAGGCCCCCUCUUCUACUUCUUCUUCCCCUUGGAGCCGCUCGUCCUCCACGGCGUGGACGCUGCGGUCCACGUCCUCCUCGCGCUUGCCGUCGCGGGGCGGUUUCUGUUCCGCCACUGCGGCCUCUCCGUCGCCAAGGACGGGGAGGAGGCGCGUGGAGGCGGCCCCCGCGGUGGAGGCCGGUUCCGGUGCCACGGUGUCGCGGCCUGUGCCACGUGGGCCCUGGCGGCGGCCGAGGUCCUGCUCGCGGCCUACUCGUGCUACCUGGGCGCCACCUCCGGCUCCGGGUUGUCGCGUGACGCGGUGGUGGGUCUCGUGGACGCGGCCGCGCGCGCGGUGGCGUGGCUGCUGCUCGCCGCGUACCUGCAGUUCGACUUCGGGCGGCGGCGCGAGGAGCGGUUCCCGGCGUCGCUCAGGCUCUGGUGGGCGUUCUUCCUCCUGCUCUCCCUCGUGACCGUGGCUGACCACGUGGCGACGAGCCUCGAUGGGUUCCUGGUGCCCGCGCUCUCGUGGGUGUUCGACGCCGUCUCGGUUGCUGCUGCCGUGGUCCUGCUCUGCGCUGGGUUCGUAGGCAGGAGGGAGGGAGGCGGCUCUGCUGCCGAGGAGCCUCUGCUCAACGGUGCUCAUGAGACGGCGGACGGUAACGGCCGCAGCGAUGCCGAGGCGUCCAAGUUCACCGGCGCUGGCUUCUUCAGCGUGCUCACCUUCUCGUGGAUGGGGCCUCUUCUCGCCGUCGGCCACAAGAAGACCCUCGGCCUGGACGACGUCCCUGAGCUCGACCCCGGGGACAGUGUCUCCAGCUUGCUCCCGACGUUCAAGGCCAACCUCGAGGCGCUGGCCGGCGGCGUCUCCGGCUCCGGCCGGAAGGCCGUCACGGCGUUGAAGCUCACUAAGGCCCUGUUGCGCACCGUGUGGUGGCACGUCGCGGUGACCGCGUUCUACGCGCUGGUCUACAACGUCUCCACCUACGUCGGCCCGUACCUCAUCGACUCCCUGGUGCAGUACCUCAACGGCGACGAGAGGUACGCGAGCAAGGGGCAGCUCCUUGUCCUCGCGUUCAUUGUCGCCAAGGUAUUCGAGUGCCUGUCGCAGCGCCACUGGUUCUUCCGGCUGCAGCAGGCGGGGAUACGCGCGCGUUCCACGCUUGUUGCCGUCGUGUACCAGAAGGGCCUCGCGCUGUCAAGUCAGUCCAGGCAGAGCCGCACGAGCGGCGAGAUGAUCAACAUCAUCAGCGUCGACGCCGACCGCGUCGGGAUCUUCUCAUGGUACAUGCACGACCUCUGGCUGGUACCGUUGCAAGUCGGCAUGGCGCUGUUCAUUCUGUACUCCACCCUCGGGCUCGCUUCCCUCGCCGCACUUGGCGCCACCGUGGUCGUCAUGCUUGCCAAUGUGCCUCCUGGGCAAAUGCAGGAGAAGUUCCAGCAGAAGCUCAUGGACUGCAAGGAUGUCAGGAUGAAGGCAACGUCCGAGAUCCUGCGCAACAUGCGGAUUCUGAAGCUGCAGGGGUGGGAGAUGAAGUUCUUGUCCAAGAUCAUUGAGCUGAGGAAGACAGAGACAAAUUGGCUGAAGAAAUACCUCUACACAACGACUUUGGUUACCUUUGUGUUCUGGGGGGCCCCGACUUUCGUUGCUGUGGUGACCUUUGGGGCGUGCAUGCUCAUGGGGAUUCCAUUGGAGUCAGGGAAAGUGCUUUCUGCUUUGGCCACGUUCCGCGUGCUGCAGGAGCCAAUAUACAACCUUCCUGACACGAUUUCGAUGGUGAUCCAGACCAAGGUGUCUCUUGACAGGAUAGCAUCCUUCCUAUGUCUUGAGGAAUUGCCGACUGAUUCUGUACAGAGGCUGCCAAAUGGUAGUUCAGAUGUUGCAAUUGAGGUCACCAACGGGUGCUUCUCCUGGGAUGCCUCACCGGAAUUGCCAACGCUGAAGGACCUGAACUUCCAAGCUCAGCGAGGCAUGCGUGUUGCAGUUUGUGGGACAGUGGGCUCUGGUAAAUCGAGCUUGCUAUCUUGCAUUCUUGGUGAGAUCCCAAAGUUAUCAGGAGAGGUUAAGAUUUGCGGGAUGACGGCUUAUGUCAGCCAGUCAGCAUGGAUACAGAGUGGCAAAAUUCAGGAGAACAUAUUGUUUGGCAAGGAGAUGGACAAGGACAAAUAUGAAAGAGUCCUUGAGUCGUGUUCACUGAAGAAAGACUUAGAGAUAUUGCCAUUCGGUGACCAAACUGUCAUUGGAGAGCGAGGGAUCAACCUGAGUGGUGGACAGAAACAAAGGAUUCAGAUAGCCCGUGCUUUGUAUCAGGAAGCAGACAUCUAUUUGUUCGAUGACCCAUUCAGUGCUGUUGAUGCUCAUACAGGAUCCCACCUUUUCAAGGAAUGCUUGCUCGGGGCUUUGUCUUCAAAAACAGUAGUUUAUGUUACUCAUCAGAUUGAAUUCCUACCAGCAGCUGACCUUAUUUUGGUGAUGAAAGAUGGCAAAAUAGCACAAGCAGGAAAAUACAAUGAAAUACUUGGUUCAGGAGAAGAGUUCAUGGAGCUAGUUGGUGCACACAGGGAUGCACUCGCAGAAUUGGACACAAUCGAUGCUGCAAACAGAAGCAGCGAGGGAUCCCCUUCCAGUGGCACAGCAAAAUUGAUCAGAUCUCUAUCAUCAGCUGAGAAGAAAGAUAAACAGGACGAAGGGAACAAUCAGAGUGGACAGCUGGUGCAGGAAGAAGAAAGAGAGAAAGGCAGGGUUGGGUUUUGGGUCUACUGGAAGUAUCUCACCUUAGCUUAUAAGGGUGCACUUGUACCGUUAGUGUUGCUUGCACAGCUACUUUUCCAAGUCCUACAAAUUGGGAGCAAUUACUGGAUGGCUUGGGCUGCUCCCGUUUCAAAGGACGUUGAGCCUCCAGUGAGCAUGUCAACACUGAUAUAUGUCUAUAUUGCAUUGGCUGUUGGAAGCUCGUUCUGCGUCCUCCUAAGAGCGUUGUUUCUUGUAACAGCCUCAUACAAGACAGCGACUCUAUUAUUCGACAAGAUGCACAUGUCCAUAUUUAGAGCUCCUAUGUCUUUCUUUGAUUCCACUCCGAGUGGGCGCAUCUUGAACAGAGCUUCCACUGAUCAAAGCGAAGUGGACACCAACAUUGCACCCCAGAUGGGCUCUGUUGCAUUUGCUGUCAUACAACUUGUUGGAAUCAUUGCAGUGAUGUCUCAGGUUGCAUGGCAGGUGUUUGUUGUUUUCAUUCCUGUAGUUGCUACCUGUUUCUGGUAUCAGCGAUACUACAUUGAUACAGCCAGGGAGCUGCAAAGGCUAGUAGGUGUUUGCAAAGCUCCAAUCAUACAGCAUUUUGCAGAAUCAAUAACAGGAUCAACUACCAUCAGAAGUUUUGGCAAGGAAAAUCAGUUUGUAUCAGCAAAUAGCCAUCUAAUGGAUGCCUACUCCAGACCGAAGUUCUACAAUGCUGGAGCGAUGGAAUGGCUUUGCUUUCGCCUGGAUGUGCUGUCAUCUCUUACAUUUGCAUUCUCUUUGAUAUUCUUGAUCAAUCUGCCCCCGGGUUUCAUCGAUCCAGGGAUUGCUGGUCUUGCAGUCACAUAUGGGCUUAACCUGAACAUGCUGCAAGCAUGGGUUGUCUGGAGCAUGUGCAAUUUGGAGAACAAGAUUAUAUCAGUAGAGAGAAUCCUGCAAUAUAUAAGCAUUCCUGCAGAGCCCCCUCUUUCCAUGUCAGAAGAUAAGCUAGCUCUGGCUCAUAACUGGCCAUCCGAAGGAGAAAUUCAACUCCACGAUCUCCAUGUGAAAUACGCCCCGCAGCUGCCAUUUGUUCUGAAGGGACUUACAGUCACCUUCCCUGGAGGCCUGAAGACUGGUAUUGUUGGAAGAACAGGAAGCGGAAAAUCAACCCUUAUACAGGCUCUUUUCCGUAUCGUGGACCCAACUAUUGGCCAAAUACUAAUAGAUGGCGUCGACAUUUGCACCAUUGGUCUGCACGAUCUGAGGUCUAGACUGAGCAUCAUUCCACAAGAGCCAACCAUGUUCGAGGGUACCGUAAGAAGUAACCUUGACCCUCUUGGGGAGUACACAGACAGUCAAAUCUGGGAGGCCUUGGAUUGCUGCCAGUUAGGUGACGAGGUCAGGAGGAAGGAGCACAAGCUUGACUCACCAGUGAUAGAGAACGGCGAGAACUGGAGCGUGGGUCAGCGUCAGCUUGUAUGCCUAGGUAGGGUAAUCCUGAAGCGGAGCAAGAUCCUCGUCCUGGACGAAGCCACCGCUUCAGUAGACACCGCGACAGACAACCUGAUCCAGAAGACUCUUCGGCAGCAAUUCUCGGAGGCGACGGUCAUCACAAUCGCCCACAGGAUCACGUCGGUCCUCGACAGCGACAUGGUCCUCCUCCUUGACAACGGUGUGGCCGUGGAGCGCGACACGCCGGCCAAGCUGCUGGAGGACAAGUCGUCGCUCUUCUCCAAGCUCGUCGCGGAAUACACGAUGAGGUCGACGCACACGUAGCCGCAGCAGCUGAAAAAGUUCUUCGUCGUGCUGCUUUCUUUGCUCCACGUACGCCGUUUGAGGCUGCCACCUGGGCUGGGGCAAGGCUGACUAGUCGACCAUGCCGGCAGAUUUUUAUGGGUCGCCGGUGAGGCAGGCUGACUUGUCCGAUGAUGCCGAAAAAAGUGAUACUGAUCGCGCGCUUUGUUGCUGAUAUAGAGCUAGCGGUAAUCUGAUCGUUGUAACGUUGAGGAGUUGAUGUUCAGGAAAUGAGUUAAGGAAUUAAGGUGAUUUAUUAGAAAGUUGAUGGAAAGUAGUAGUGUUCAUUCUGAGCAUACUAAAGCCUCAAGAAGACUCUACUACGUCUGAAUUAAUAAAAUAGUGAAGUGCUUGCACGUUAACGAACAAAACGGAGCAGCAUUCGACA